AUGAGUUAUAACAAUAAUAGUUAUUCGACACCACCUUUGGUGAGUUCACCAACUUUAUCAUCUGUACCUUCAUCACCUCUAUCUACGUCGUCAAGAGACAGCGUCGAAAAGAUAGAGAUCAAGUCGUUUUGGAAGGAUCUCAACUCUGGUGACUCGAGUAGCAGCAAUAGUAGCAAUAGCAAUGUACCAAAGAACAAAUCAUCUACCAUUGAAGGUGACUUUGUAAUGCCAAUCACUUCAUUCUCUAUGCAGAAAUUUGUAUUAUACGAAACUAAAACUAGAUUCUAUAUAGUAGGAUCAAAUAGAACAAAGAAUAGAUUUAGAUUAUUAAAGAUUGAUAGAACUUAUGAAGAUGAGGUUGUCAUUGCAGAGGAUCCAACGGAAUACAACAAGACACAGUUACAAGACUUGUUGACAAUGAUUGGUAAUGCCAACAAGGAAGGUUUGUCACGUGUAUGCUCGGCCUAUGGUAUAUUGGGAUUCAUCCAAUUCUUGCAUGGAUACUAUAUCAUUUUGAUUACACGUCGAAGAAAGGUUGGUAUUAUUGGAACACACACUAUCUAUGGUAUCGAUGACACUACCUAUGUCUACAUACCAACCACUGUACCACGAACCAAUGCACCCGACUUUGCCGAUGAGACAAGGUACAAGGGUCUGUUUCUCGGACUCGAUCUCACCAAAGACUUUUAUUUCUCCUAUACCUAUGAUAUCACACGAACACUCCAAUAUAACAUGACACGUUAUUUCCACAAUCCAACUCACACUGUCAUACAACGUGACCCUAAAACAAAUGCUGCCAAACUAUGUUAUAACGAACAAUUUGCUUGGAAUCAAUUCCUCCUAACUCCACUCGUUGAACAAUCUCAAACUUGGAAUUGGACAUUACCAAUCAUUCAUGGUUUCUAUAUUCAAGAGAAAAUUGAUAUAUUUGGUAAAGCAAUUGAUUUAAUAUUAAUAGCAAGAAGAAGUAGAUAUUAUGCAGGUGCAAGAUUUCUUAAACGUGGUAUUAAUCAAGACGGACAUGUUGCCAAUGAUGUAGAGACUGAGCAGAUUGUUCAGGAACCAUUGUCUGGAAACUCAAGACAGGCUCAGUUCUCGUCGUUUGUGCAGAUUCGUGGGUCGAUCCCAUUGUUUUGGGAACAGGACAAUAAUAUUAUUACACCCAAACCACCCAUUCAAAUGCAACGACAUGAUCCAUUCUAUGGAGCCACCAUCCUUCACUUUCAACACUUGUUUAGGAAAUAUGGUGCACCCAUCAUCAUUCUUAAUCUUGUCAAAUCCAAUGAAAAGAAACCGAGAGAGUCGAUUUUGAGAAACGAGUUUACUACUUGUAUGAAUGCACUCAAUGAAAUGCUGCCACCACAGUAUCAGAUAGACUAUUGUGCAUGGGAUUUCCAUCAGGCUGCCAAGUCUAAAGACGAUGAUCAUAUGGGUUGGUUGGAUCAGUUUGCGCAACAAACUAUUCUCAAAACUGGUAUAUUCCACUCGUCCAAGAAACUAUAUUGUACUACAUUGCGUGAAAAUCAACAACAGCAACAACAGCAACAACAGGAAGGUGAAGAGGAUGAAGAAUACAAACAAAGAAACAGACCACACCCAUUUAUAAAGAGGAAUUUGAGUAAUGGAUACAUUGAUAAUGGGUGUGAACAGAUUGGAGUGGCUCGAACCAAUUGUAUCGAUUCGUUGGAUAGAACCAACUCUGCACAGUUUUGUAUUGGAAAGUGUGCGUUGGGACACCAGUUGUACGCGAUGGGUAUAAUGGAUAGCACGACACUAGAGUUUGGGAGUGGGUUGGUUGACCUACUCAUCGAGAUGUAUGAAGCGUGCGGUAACCAGAUUGCGCUGCAGUAUGGUGGGUCAGAGCUCGCCAACACGAUCAAGACCUACACUAAAAACUCGUUGUCUUCACAGUCGCGUGAUCUCAUGACCACGAUCAAGCGGUACAUUUCCAACUCGUUUAUCGAUGUUGACAAGCAGCACUCGAUCAACUUGUUCCUCGGCUACUAUGUGCCGAGCCGUGCCAUCGAGCCCGUCCCCCUUUGGGACCUCGAGACUGACUAUUACAUGCACAACAAGAGCUACCGUCCCCAACACAAGCUGCUCGCACACACCGACUGGUGGUCCAACCCACUUUCUGACUUUGCCCGCACAUCUCUUACUUUUUCUCUGCCUGCCCGACGUUCCCUCAUCGACAUGAAAAAGGCACGUGCACGAGCCUAUGAAUUUGAAGACGAGUUUUUCAAAGCUGACACCAUCUCAUUGCUCGACAAACACUUUCAAUAUCGCUUUAACGACCCUGUCCGCUUUAGAACGCCGUCACCCCUCAUCAUUGUCGGUAGCGACGCCGCCAAGAACAAGCCCAAGAGCCCGGCCAGCUCACAGACGGUAUCUAGCUCCACCAGCGAGGCCAACCGAUACGACAUUAAAAAAUGGGUACUCUCUCUAUCGCGUAAAAACACGCCUCAGAGUGUAACCAAGUCUGGGCAAGACAACAAAGACGAGAGUGGCAAAAAGGGGGAGAGCACCAAGCAGACAGCCACCAACGUAUCUGCCAUCUAUGACUAUCAACCAUUCAAACAAUUUGGAUUGGAACUCGGAACUGACAAGGUCGAAAAGGAUGUUUUCGUCGACUAUACCAAACCUUUACAACAGAGUCUAUGUAUCUAUCAAUCUCAAUAUGGCUCUCAAGAAAUCUACAACAACAAAUAUUAUCGAACCUAUUUAAAAACUUCCUAUCAAGUUGAACAAGACACUAAAAAUCUAGCUGGAAAUAUUAAUAUUAGAAAUCAAGAAGAUGAUUUUAAUUUCUAUAACAAAUUAAAUCCAUUAAAUCAAAAGAUUAAUAAUCAUAAUAAUAAUAAUAAUAAUAAUAAUAAUAAUAAUAAUAAUAAUAAUAAUAGUCAUACUAAUCAUCAUCAUCAUCAUCAUCAUAAUAAUCAUCAUCAUGACCAACACCAUCAACAACAAAAAGAAAAAAGUUUCCAAGAGUUUACGAGAAGAGAUAUACAAUCAUUAAUUUUCCAAUCAUAUGUUAAUAAUCAUUCACAUUCCAAUUUAUACAGUGUAACUAGUGAGAAUGAAGAGUUUUAUAAAAACUCUAUUCAUCCAUCCCUUUUGUAA